AUGGCGCCGCUCUGCGCAGACCCGCGGCAGAUCGUCAUCGCCCUCAACCCCGCGAGACGAGCCGCUCUCCUGCAUCUUAUUGAAGAAAUCACCGCCUUCAUGACUCUGCACCUCGCCAACCCUUCGGGUGAGCUGGGCUCUCUCACCGGCCCAGACGAGGAAGCCCAAGACGCUAGACCCAGCGCCCGUCCAAACCCUCCCGCUCGCGAAGCCAAAGCUGCCGCCCAGAAGCCCGCCGGCAGGGCAGCACAGCAAAUCGAAGAGAUUCAAGAGGCAGCAAUGAAGGACAUGAAAGACUGGAAGUCCAGCUUCCUUCCCAAACUAGAAGAAAUCGUGCGCGUCCAAGACACCGCCAAGAUCAAAGAGGAGCGCAAAAUCCGCCAAGAAGCCCUCGACAAGAGGCAGCUCGACACGCCCGAGGAGGGCGAGAAUCUCAUGAGCUUCGGCAACGUGCAGGUCGACAAGCCGGAUGACGUGGCGGCUCUCCAGAAACUAUACCACCCCAUCCUCACGAGGUUGACGACCGUGCCGGCACAGGAUCGUCGGGAGGCGCUCAGCUGCGUGCUGCUGCUGGUCCUCUCCACGGGCAAGUACUCGGCGCACUCCCGCACCAUGAUACUCCAUCUCGCGUCGGCCCUCGAGAUCCCGCAGACGUUUGUGAACAGGGAGGAAGCCGAGGUUGCCCGCUCGCUCAUGGAGUCGUCAGCCGCCGACAAGCACGACAAGGACGCCAUGUCUGCCGAGGCCGAGGCCGAGAAGCGCAGGCAGCAGAACAAGUUCAGUCGAUUCUGGAAAGUCGGCCUCGCAAGCGUAGCAGGCGCCGCCGUCAUCGGCGUGACGGGGGGCCUGGCCGCGCCGCUGGUCGCCGGAACGAUAGGCAGCAUCAUGGGCGGCGUGGGAUUAGGAGGUGUCGCGAGCUUCUUGGGGAUAUUCUGGAUGAACGGCGCCUUGGUGGGCGCGCUGUUCGGGGCAUACGGCGCCAAGAUGACAGGCGAGCUCAUGGACAGGUACGCCAAAGAGGUAGAAGACUUCAAAUUCAUCCCGCUCGCCGCUCCGGUCGAGGACGCAGACGGUGCCACAGAAACCCGCAGACUCCGGGUGACCAUUGGCAUCAACGGCUGGCUUAACGACGAGUCCGACAUCGUCACGCCGUGGCGCGUGCUCCCGCCCCGGGAAACAGAAGUCUUCGCGCUGCGCUACGAGAUGAAGACGCUCCUCAGCCUGGGGACCGCCCUCCAGGACCUCGCCCAGUCGUUUGCCUGGAAGACGCUCAAGAUGGAAAUCAUCAAGCGCACCGUGCUGGCGACCCUCUGGGCGGCCCUCUGGCCCAUCCAAGUCCUCGCCGCCGCGUCCAACGUCGACAACCCCUUCAGCCGGGCGAGCAACCGCUCCAAAAAGGCGGGCCGCCUGCUGGCCGACGCCCUCACCAACAGGGUGCAAGGCGAGCGGCCCGUCACCCUCAUCGGCUACUCCCUCGGCGCCACCGCCAUCCACGCGUGCCUCGAGUCCCUCGCGCAGCGCAAGGCCUUUGGCCUCGUCGACACCGUCGUCAUCAUGGGCGCCCCGGCCCCCUCCGACGCCGCCCACUGGCGGACCCUGCGCUGCGCCGUCUCAGGACCCAUCUUCAACGUGUACUCGGAGAACGACAUGAUGCUGGGCUUCGUGUACCGCAUGCACAGCCUCGCGCUCGGCGUGGCCGGCCUCCAAGCCAUCGACGGCGUCCACGGAAUCCAGAACCUGGACCUCAGCGAAAAGGUCAGCGGCCACCUGCGCUACCCCUCGCUGACGGGCGAGAUCCUCAAGGCGUGCGGGUUCACGGGCGUCCGCGCCGGCGGCGAAAUCCAAAAGGACGACCUGAUCCGCAUGAAGGACGACCACGCCGAGGGCAAGCUCAUCGACCUCGACGCCGCGGGGGCGCCGCCGAGCCGGCACAAGCACAGCCCACUGGCCGACGAUGACCUGAGGGGGUUGACAAUCUCUCCGCCGGCCCUGUCGCCGCGUGAUGCUGGGAGACGCCCUCGUCCAGCGCGCCCUGCGGAGACGGAACCAAAGCGCGAGAACGAGAACGAGCACCAGCACCAGCACCAGCACCAGCACGAGCUUGAGCUGGACUCGGAUGAAUCGCCUGUGACGACGCAACACGAGUCUCUACACGAGGGCUUCCAUGACCCGCCCUCGGCUGAGAGCGGGAGCAAGUCUAGGCGGCAACAGACGCCAGACUCUAACGAUGGCGAUGACGGCGAAUUUAUGGCUAUCAAGAUGGAGGAUAACGAUGACGACCAUGGCAAACCAGUACAGUGCUAG